AUGGUAAAGGAAGAUUCGAAGAAUAAAAUAUGGAGUAAAAAUCCUACAUUGAAGUGUAGGCCUACGGAGAGUCGUCUCGGUAUUUUUGGCCAACUUCAGUGCCUGCAAACUGUUCUUGUGCAAAAAAGAUUUAAAAAUCAACACCCUCAACAUCAACAUCCUCGACAUCAUCAACAUUAUUUCAUCCUCAACAUCAACAUCCUCAACAUCAACAUUCUCAGCAUCCUCGACAUCAUCAACAUCGUCAACAUUAUUUCAUCGUCAACAUUAUUUCAUCCUCAACAGCAACAUCCUCAACAUCAACAUCAUCAACAUUAUUUCAUCCUCAACAUCAACAUCCUCAACAUCAACAUUCUCAGCAUCCUCGACAUCAUCAACAUCGUCAACAUUAUUUCAUCGUCAACAUUAUUUCAUCCUCAACAGCAACAUCCUCAACAUCAACAUCAUCAACAUUAUUUCAUCCUCAACAUCAACAUCCUCAACAUCAACAUCCUCAACAUCAACAUCCUCAGCAUCAACAUCCUUAACAUCAACAUCCUCGACAUCAUCAACAUUCUCAACAUCAUCAACAUCUUCAACAUCAUCAACAUCCUCAACAUUAUCAACAUUUUCAACAUCAUCAACAUCACUUUCGUCAUCGACAUCAGUGGCAGCAACAGCCAUUUAUGA